AUGGCGACGAGCGGGGCCGCCAUCGUCAUCGUCAGCGCCGACCUGCAGGUGGAGUCUGGAGGCCGAAUGGCGGCGGCGGCGGGAGGUGGAGGUGGAGUAAUUCUUUCAGUGUUGUUUUGGGUUUUACCUAAAUGUAUUUUGCUUUUCACAUUUUUCCAGCGUCAUGAUACAAUUUUGUCUUUGUCAAGAGAGCACCAGCGAAUUAGAUUCUCUGACUCAGUAGUAACUGGAUCAAUCAUCUUCCCACUUUCUGGUGUCGCAUUUAUUAUUAUAGGGACUCAAGAUUUCUGUGAUAAUUCUACAGAAACAAAGCUGAUGGAGCGCAUUGAGCAGUUUGUCCGCAUUCAUCGAAACAGUUUCCUGAUUUUGACUGCAGGCCUGUAUGGUCAGAAAGAGUGGGAUGUACUAUUUAAAAUUCAGCUAAGAUUUCUAGGUAAUAAUCUGAAAAUCAUACCUUCACACAAUACCAGUGAUAUAGUCAAGAGUAUGCUCACUUUAGCCAAGGUAACGUGCAAACCACACGCGGACAGUGUUCGUGAUCGCAUCGCCAUGAGCCGAGCUCAGAUUAUUGAACGUAGCCCUGUCUGGGAAAUGCUACACAAGCGACAGCUAAACUUUCUCCAGUGAAAUAAGUUGUAUUAGUUUCAAAAGUAUGUUUGUGACCAACAUGAUUAAGAUAGUUGAAAAUAAAAUGUUUGUUGAAAAAUUAAUAUUGAUUCACAGGCUGUAUUUCAUUCAUAAUAUUCUUCCAAUUGAAAUACGUUAGCCUUUAAAAAAGCUAGAUAAUAAUUUGCUCAUUUACAGGCAGAACCCAACAAGGUUUCCAUAACAUAAGAUGUAGAUCAGUACCUCAUUUACUUGUAUCCAGAAUUACUAAUGUAAAAUGUGGCCAGAUUUAUCAUUGACCUGCAUUUAAAAGUACCAAAGGCACAAUACUUAAUAAUAGUUAAAAAUGUGAUAAUACUAUAAAAACAAUUUGCAGGGUGAUAGCAAAUAACUUUUCCAGACUUGUGUGGAGUAGAAAGACUGGCUGAUACUAGUUGGGAAGGUUGCCCAGUUUCUACAUAGCAAGUUCAAGAAGUGAGCAGGUGUUGUUUAUUCCAUGUUGGAGCUUUCCAAAGCUAGCUUGUCCAGAGUGCAAGAUACUUCAAUCACCAUUGAGGCAAAAUAAAAUGCAUUGAAAUGAAAAUGAAUGAGACAUUAGGACACUUAAAUCGGUUCACCUGUAACUAUCCACAGAGUAAAGACAGAAUUAGAACUAAAAGAGAGUAUCGGUAAAACUGA